AUGUUCUUGUGGAAACAGAUAGCGCCUUGGCAAUUACCAAGCUGGCGGAGGCGGACAACAUCCAGGCGGAAAUUGGAGUGGUUUGCAGAAACGUUCGGAGGAUGCUGGGAAGCAUGUGAGAGACCAGCUGGCAACAUGUUCGGCGAGGUGGCAACGCAGCUGCUCACAUCAUGGCACACCAGGAAUCCAGGGAUGAUACCCGAUCAGUCUGGCUUGACAGACCCCCUUUCUUUUUGA